ACCGCGCUGUUUCCCUUGCUCCCCGUCCGUCGACGGAUGCGGAAGAGAGAGGCGGGACUCGGGUCCUGCCCUGCCGCGGCUUCUCGGUGCUGCGCACCGGCUCUUCGCGGUUCCCCGCCUCCCUCCCCGCUUCCCGGGUCUGCGUGGGGAGCGCGGGGUUCGUGCUGCAGUCGAGGGAUCGGGCGUGUUUUGACACCGGCCCCUCCUGGGGACGGCAGGCGGGGUCGCCGGUGACCCGUCACUGCCUCUGUCGGGCUCCUGCCGCUCACCGGCAGAGGGUCUGUGACUUCACGGCUCAAGCUGCGUCACUUGCCCUUCUGUCCCUCACCUGUUAGGCAGAAGGGCUCACCUGAUUAUUUCUACGACCCUUUCUAGCCCUGACAGCCUGGCCGCCCUAAGGACGUUUGGGGACUUUUUUGCUGGGAUUGGUACCGCCUUGCCAGGAAUUUUCUAGAAUGAACGCUCAUUAAAAAAUGGGGGGAAACCAACAACUUUUCAUUUGGAAAAUGAGUGUGGAUUUUCCUAAAUCCUCCAGGUUGUCACUAUUCAAAUUUAGGUUUCCCUGUGCUGUAGAGAGUUGUAAAGAGACAGCGGCGAUGUUUCACUUCUUCAGAAAAUCUCCGGAAUCUAAAAAGCCCUCUGUACCAGACACAGAAGCAGAUGGAUUUGUCCUUUUAGGCUUACAGGCCGGCAUGUUCUUGGAGAGGAUUUCUCACCGGUUUCACUUUGGAUCCUGGAGAGACUGGCUUUAUUACCAGCCCUGGGAGCUCAGUUCUAAUUUGUCUAAGCCAGUCACCAUGACGCAAUCCACCUUGCCAGCAGUUAGUUUCCGAAUGGACCCAUGGCAUUUUUGCCUGAUUGGAUGUGAAGGAAGGUCAGCUAAGGGGCUCAGAGGCAGACACUGGAGAAUUGGCCUCUCUUCCCCUGGCAGCUAUUUUAUCUGGAUGAGAUGCCUGAUGAGGUUGCAUACACCACUGCCACCUUUGCUGAGGGGAGGUAGCUCAAGACAGAGAAGAUAACAUGUUGAAGAUGGCAGAAUAAAAUGAGAAAGCAAUUUGGUCCACGAUGACAUUGUUGAACCGAUCUAUUUACAAGCCUGGCAUCUGUCAACCUCUGGACCUCUUCCUGGGUGAGAUAGUAAAUUCCCUCAUUAAAGUAUAAGCCACUUUGAGAUAGGCUUCUGUUACUUGCAGCUGAGAAUGUCUGGACUGAUGUUUGACAGGUAUACUUAUAAUGUCCAGACUCCUUUACCCAGGAGGGUAAAUAUAGUAUACAAUACACACACACAGACACACACACACACACACACACAUAUAUUUAUAUUUGUGUGUGUAUCUUCAUUUGAUGUGUAUAUAAGAAAAGUUUGUAUUUAUGCCCUCCAAAGCUUAAUUUUUAGCAAAACAAUGUAUGGAAAUAGUCUUGAGUUUCACUGCAGAUGAAAUGAAUAGGUUGUCAGAGUCACGUGUAAACAUUUGGAAAGAUACAGCUCAUGGCAUCAGAAAGGAUGUGCAUCCUGGAUGUUGCUGAUACCUGGGGAGGCUCUGUUACUGUUACAAAGCCACUGAUUGAUGAACAAUCAUUUUAACUAUUUGGUGAUCAGGAAACAAGUGUAACAUAACUUACAUAAGAGUUUGCUACCUCUCUGUGGGUUUUGCUGUAUUUUAGGGAAUUUGGUGGUAAAUUUAGUUUGAUGUACAACAUAGUUUAAUUUUUCCAAUCGAAACGAAAGGGAAAUAGGAUUCCUGAUGCAUUUUCCUACAAGUCGAGUUUUCAGGAAUGGAUUACUUAUGCUAGGCAGGAGAUUCCUGUGCGAAUCCAGACCAGCUAUUUUAUAAAGUCAGCAAUCCUGCUAACGAUAACAGUUUUAAACUUAAUAUAGUCUUAGAGCAACUCACCUAUAUGACUCACAUAUCUUUAUGUGUUAUAUAUUUAGAAAUGUACCAUUUCCAAAAAUGCUGAAGGCAAUAAAUGAAAUCGUAAUCCUUUUUUUAAACAUGGAAAUUUGGGAGGAAAAUUAAAAUGUAUAUGUUUCUUUUUAUCAUCUCAAAUUCAUAGUUCCAAAGGCACUAUUUAAAGUUUAAAACCAAUUAUAUAUUAUAUUUUUACUUGAAUUGCAUGUCAAUCAUGCUCAGUGUGUCAAAUUUUAAAGAGGAGUUUUUAAGAGCAAUGAAAAAAGUUCAUUAAUCUUACUUUUAAAUGUUUGCAUUAUUUUAUUGUAAAUUGAGCUACAAUUUAUUACAUUUUUCCCAUUGAAGGAUGGGAAUGAUGCAGCAUAUAAUUACUAGGUGUUGAAAGAGAUUUUAGGGAUAAUCCUGAACAACCUCCUAUGUAAAUCUUUCUGCUUGAGAGUUAUAUAUUCAAAAUACUUUAUGUAAGUUCUUUUGUUUGCUAAAGACAGAAAGGAGGGUAAAUAUAGUAUAGAAGCUACCUCAUAUAAAAUACCGUAUUACAGUAUGAACCAAUUAUAGUAAAAGCAUUCCCUUCACCGUGAGAUAUAAAUGCCUUUCCAGCCUGUGGGCAUCUUUUUAUUGCUAACGGUGGUUUAAAUUUACCACCACAAAAAUUCAAUUAUGAUUUCUACCUGUUACAAAAAUAUGCUAAUGAAUCCAGAUAUAUUUUAGUAUUCUGAGUUCAGAUGUACUUAAAUGUUUUCCAUUCCCUAAAAGAGUGCAGUUUCUUUCAGCUCCUUUAGGUCCCCAAGGUUACAGGACUUUGAAGCAUGUAGAGCUCAGCGUGGUACAAAGCCGUGUUUCUUGGGUUGUGUUCCGUGGGCACCUUCCUGGAACACAGGAGAAGUGUUACACUGACAAAAUUGCAUCAUGGUGCUCUAUGGGAAAAAAUAAGCUGAUGGAAUUUCACAUUUCUAUUCUGAAAUUUUCCUUACAUUCUAGAGAGAACCACCAUUGAUUUUAUAAGCAGGUACUAGGCAGUUAACAUGUAUGAGUGGGAACAAAGGAAUAAUUUGGAAACAGACAAUCAUAUUUAAUUCCUUGGCUGCUUUGUUCUUUGAGCAUUUGUAGUCAUAGUCACGGUUUUCUACUUUAUUUAAUAACCUAUGAAAUAAAAUAAAUUGAGCAUUAACAGCAAUUUAAACUUAGAAGAAGUAAACAUUAAAAUUUUGUCUAAAAUUAUAGUUUGUAUGAUAGAAUCUAAAAUAUCAGUAUUUCACAAUGUUCUGCAGAGAACAUUUUGACCUUCAGACACUUCAUGACAUUAACUAUGGGGAGAGAGCACAUUUUGAAGAAAAUGAAAGCUCUGCUGCUUAUUUCUUUUCUAAUCUUACACAGUUCAGAUCACUUUACUGGGACACAGAUUCCUCAUCUAGUGAAUGAAAGAGGAAAUAAGAUUUUUAUCUCCAAUGUUUUUGUUUGUUUUUAAUAGCCUAACAUUCCAGUAAUACUUUUUCUGUGCUAUAUAUUUAAAGAGACUGUGACAAAUCCCUCAAUUUAUUCUAAUCUCUGUCGGAAUAAAUUGAUGGUACUAAAGUGUGUUCUGAUGCAUUGAGCUUUUCUUCAAGAGGGCAAGAAAUCAGUGCACCUGUGAAACAAAAGUCAGUAUGAAGAUUUUUGUUGUUGUUGUUAAAUUUUUAGCUAGCUAGUAGACGCAAGUUAACCUGACAAAUCUUUUAUUAAAAUACUUAUGAACACAGAGGAAAAAGUUUUAUAAUCAUUACCAAAAUUUAAAGGUGACAGGCAGCUUAGCAUUAUACUCUAGCUCUAUCCAUAUCAUUGCAAAUGGCAAGAUUUCAUUCUUCUUCAUGACUGAAUAAUACUCUGUUAUAUAAUAUGAAACUUUUUCUUAUAUAUAUUUUAUGUGAUUAAAAAUUUCUGUAAGGAAGAAUGUUUAUUUACCAAUGGACCUUAUGAAUUGAGGUGAUUUAAUUUUUCUCUUUUUAUUAUAUUUACAAAUUUGACUAGUCAUAUUUACUGUAAUGAACGUGUUGUACUUAUAAAAACCCAAAGUCAAAAGGAUCCUCAAAGAGAUAGGUCUCUGAAUUUAGUUCUCUCAUCGAGUAGGUAGUUCUCCCAAAAAUACAAGUGCAUUUACUCUACUACUGAAAUUGCAUUGGGCGUCCUGUAUCCAUGUUAUAGUUCAGUUAAUUGAAUGUCUAGUGAGUAAAUAUAAGUACUUAGCUUCUCUUAAAAUAUUUCUAUUAAUAAUUAUAUAUAUAAUUUUGGUAGAUUUAGGCCAGGGUAUAAUAAUAUAAGAGCAUCUCAUCCUAAACUUUUCACUCAUUUGCAAUAACUUAAUAAUUUUUAAAUUAAUUUUAAGAGGAAAUUAUAUCUUAGGGAAAGAAGUUAAUCAGCUUUUUGAGUUUCUCUCUCACAUUUUCCUGGAUGUUGACGAUCCUCUUACAUAUGAAGGUAUCCCUAAAUACCUUCAUGUGUAUCAGGAACUUCUAGUGUAUUAGGAGGCAUCCUUUAAGCAUGAAGGUCAAUUUUAAGGUGACAUUUCAUUGCAUUUAAAAAAUUGCUUAUGUAAACUAUCAUUUUCACUGGAUUGCAUAAACUUGUACCCUAUCUACUUUAUUAAAGUCUACUCAGCAACUUUAAUGACAUGCAUGUGAAGUUUUAUGUUCCUUUUCUUCAAUUAUUUUUGCAUGAUUAUUUCUCUGGAAUUUUGAGUUUAAACUUUUAAACUUAUACUGUGAAGAUAUAUAAUAAUUUC